GCAUGAGGUCAUAGACGGGUCACAAACAGCACUAGCGAUGGCGGAUGGUGUUGGCACAACAAUUGUGGUACUCUCGCUUCUGGCGACGGUAUUAUCUGUCUCCAGUUUGGAGCCACUGGUUACUCUACGCACUGGCACCGUCCGCGGCACAGUCGUAGACGUGGCGGGCACUCAGGUGAACGCCUACCUGGGGAUUCCCUACGCCAAGCCGCCUGUGGGGGAGCUGCGCUUCAAGCCGCCGGUCCCGCCAGACUCUUGGGAAGGAGUCUACAACGCGACGGAGCGGCCGACGGACUGUUACCAGAAGCUCGGCCUUUAUAACUCACCGGAUCGCAGCGAGGACUGCCUGUACGUGAACGUGUGGCAGCCCCCGUCUCGGCCGCACUAUGGCGCUGUUAUGGUGUGGAUCCAUGGCGGCGGGUUCAUCGAAGGGUCAGGUACCGGCGGAGACGGCCGCGGAAGCGGGCAAUUCCUGGCCGCCACCGAGCACGUUCUGGUCGUGAGCAUGAACUACCGACUGGGGGCCCUGGGGUUCCUGGCACUCGGGACGGACGAUGCCCCGGGGAACAUGGGACUGUUGGACCAGAAGCUGGCCUUACAGUGGGUACAGGACAACAUAGAGAGGUUCGGAGGGAACCCGGACAGGGUGACUGUUUUCGGCAAUAGUGCAGGAGGCGCCAGUGCACACUUCCAUCUCCUGUCCCCCUCCAGCAGUGGUCUGUUCCGACGAGCCAUCCUGCAGAGCGGAGCGGCCCUCUCCAACUGGGCUCUGACACCGAGGGACGUCGCCAUGACCCGAGGGCGCGCCCUCGCCUCCACCCUGGGCUGUCGGCAGCCCGAGGUCCGGGACAUGGUGGCGUGUUUGCGCACUUUGUCUGCGGAGGACAUUGUGGACAACCAGCUUGAAGGGUUUCUGGAGUUCGGUUUCACCCCGGUGGUUGAUGGGAACUUUCUGCCCUCUGACCCGUCUGAACUGGCCAAUAGAAACCGUUCUAAUGUUGACGUCAUGGCUGGUUUCACAACAAAUGAAGGAUCCAUUUUUGUAGCGCGAGAAACGUCUCUGGGGUUCAACCCUUCAACUGACAGUUUCAUCAACAAAACCCAGUACAUCAACACUAUCCAAGCGUUCCUGCCGUCCCUGAAUGAUUUCGGAGUUGACGCCGUGACGUUUGAGUACACGGACUGGAGAGGCCUGGAGAACCCCGCAGUGUACCGGGACGCCGCGGAGAACAUGGUCGGGGAUUACUCCUUCAAGUGCCCGGUGAUAGAAGCCAGCCUUGCACGUGCUCGUGUCGGCGGGAAGGUGUACAUGUACCAGUUUAACCACGUCUUAUCGAAUCUGCCCCCACCUUUAUGGAGUGGACCCUUCCACACCUCUGAAAUUGCCAUGGUCUUCGGUUUGCCACUUGAUCCCUCUCAGAGUUAUACCCCUGACGAAGACAGGCUUUCCAGAAAAAUGAUGGGACACUGGUCCAACUUUGCGAAGACAGGGGACCCCAACGACUCUGGAAGCGAAAGGUGGCCAGCCUACAACCAGACUGACCAGUCCUACAUUGUGCUGGACACACAGACGGUCCGAGUUGCGCAGUGGCCCCGGGCCAGGCCGUGUGCCUUCUGGCGAGAGUACCUCUGGCAACUGCAGGAACAGACAGACAACCUUCCGUGCCAACAGCUAACAGGAGGGCAGAAGCUGACAGCUCGCCUGCCCAGCCUAACGUACAUAUGCCUGGGGAUUCUGCUGACUAUGUGUUUCUAGCAUUACUGACUGGAACUUGAAUAAGUGUGGCAAUAAAAAUUAUUGCCAUGGCGACGGUUUUAUUGCUUAUGAGU